GACAAGGGGAGGGGGGAGGGAGAGAGGGAGGGAGACAGAGGUAGCUUCUCGUCGCCCCUCUUUCGAUUUCCUUAUUUCUUCAGCUCAGCCGGCCCAGUCUCUCGAGUGAGAGACUGGUUUCCUCUGCGAGUGGCCUUUUUGCCUACCGAGUACUUAACUAGUCCACGGCUUCGCCUUCUUAUCUGGGCCUCCGCGUCUACCAGGCGGGAACGCUUGCGUGCUCUUGCCUAUCCAGAACGGGGAACAUCGGACCCAUGCCAUCGCCUAAUCCUCCUCAACAGCCCGGCCCCCAAGAUCAAAUAAAGCAAGGCGUUGGUGCACAUUGAGCAGACAAAUCUCACCUCCAACUCCCACACGCCCCAACCUCACUGCCAUCACACACCGAGUCGAGAUGCACCACGACUCUUCCAUGGUGGUGGCGGUUGCGACCGGCCUCGGAAUCAUUGGUCUGGUGUCGAUCCCCGCCCUCUUCACUCUAACUCUGCAUCUCACAGCCCGCCAGCCCAGGCAGGAUACCUACGAAGACGAGGAUGGUAAAGCUACCCCCGAAUCCGUCGCAGCCUAUUCCGCCAGGCUCCCAAAGACCCUCAUCUUGCUCUUUGCCGCUCUGGCUUGCAGCACCGGCAUCGCCACGGCCGUGCUUGCAACUCUUCCACCUGGCCACGAUGGUCUUUUCCUCCAGGAUUGGCUAGGUGCAGGCGCUUCGAUGCUGCUGCUGUGGCAGGCCGUCGCCGUCGCUUCGUGCAGGAAGACAGUCCAGGCUUACAAUCUGGGCCUUUACUUGUUUUUUUCCUGUCUCAUCCUCUUCGUCAUUCUUCUUGUGCAGGGCACAGCCGUGUUCGAGCAGCUGUUGGCCCACCAUCCGGUCCGUUUCGCCAUGCGCAUCCUGGAAAUCCUCGCAGCCCUUGGUUUAUCAGUCGCUAGUUUGUGUAUCCCUCGAAGACCUGAGAUUUUUGACAGGGAUGGAAAGCCCAUUGAUCGGAUGUACACAUCCACUGCUCUCGACCGCUUCACCUGGGGCUGGCCGGCCUAUCUACUGAAGAUGGCCAGUAAGCGGAACCGGCUCGACCUCGACGAUCUGCCUCGGCCAGACCAUUUCACCCGGGCUUCUGAGUUGUCCGCCGACUGGAAGAGGCGCGCCUCGAAACGGAAACUAUGGCUGGCCAUCAUUCUCGCCCACAAGAUGGCCCUCGCCAAGCAGUGGCUUCUCACCCUCAUCACAUCCUUCCUCAACUUCGGGCCCCAGUGGGUCAUUCUGCAGCUUCUUCGAAUCCUUGAGAAAGGGGGUGACCAGGAGAACUUCUCACUGAGUGUCUACAUGUGGGUGUUGUGGCUUGGUAUCGUGAUUGUCGCGCAGGCUUGGAUCGAAAGCCAUGUAUUUUGGCUAUCAUUUGCGGAACUGGCUAUUCCUGUCCGCGGGCAGGUGAGCGCCUUGAUAUUUGAAAAGAGCAUGCGUAAGAAGGACGUCAAAGGAAGUGGGAGAUCCAGCAACAAGAAGGCCGCUGAGACUGCCGACGGCACCGCGCCUGUCAUUGCAGGGCCCGUUCCCGAAUCGACAGCGACUGACCGACCAGAAGUCCCCGAAGUCGUUGAGGAUGAGGCUGAGGCUCUCAAAAAGAGCAAGCAGGCUGUGGUCAACCUGAUUGGGGUCGACGCCAAGCGCGUAUCUGACUUCAUGUCCUUCCAAAACCUGUUCCCGGGUAGCCUGUUCAAGCUCCUCGUCUCCCUGGCCUUCCUCGUCUCGUUGCUCGGAUGGAAGGCCCUCCUUGCCGGAUUCUCCACUAUGGUCGCCAUCAUGCCCGUGAAUAUAUACUUCUCGAAGCGUUAUGCCGCGGCUCAAGACCAACUGAUGAAGGUGCGCGACGAGAAGCUCGGCAUCGUCAACGAAGCUCUUCAAGGCAUACGACAGAUCAAAUUCUCUGCCCUCGAGCCAGAGUGGGAGAGGAAAAUCUCUGCUAUACGGGAAAAGGAACUCAAGUCCGUCUGGGACGUCUUUGCAAAUGACACUGCCUUACUCGGCUGUUGGGUUACCAGUCCGAUUGCUUUAGCGGCUGCCUCUUUGGCCGUCUACGCCGCAUUGUACGGAACCCUGCUACCCUCUGUGGCAUUUGUCAGUCUUGGGGUGUUCCGGGCGCUCGAGGUUACUCUUUCUAUCAUCCCUGAGCUCACGACCGACGUUCUGGAUGCAUGGACUUCUGUGAAGCGGAUUGAGGAGUACCUGGACUCCCCCGAGAUCCAAAAGAACACAAAGGAAUCUGAGGAGGUCAUUUUCGACGGCGCCUCCAUCGCUUGGCCAGCGGAUGAAAAGUUGGACGCCGACGAGAGGUUUGUACUCCGCGAUGUUACCGUGACAUUUCCGAAAGGCGAACUUAGUGUCAUCUCUGGAAAGACCGGGACCGGCAAAUCCUUGAUGCUGGCAGGAAUCCUUGGAGAGGUCGAUGUCUUAUCCGGGAGUGUCUCGCUUCCCAGACCACCAGCUCUCAAGGACCGAAAGGACAGCAAGGCCACCAAGGCGAAUUGGAUCAUACCUGAGGCGAUCGCCUACGUUGCGCAAAUCCCAUGGAUUGAAAAUGCGAGCAUCCGAGAUAACAUUGAAUUCGGGCUGCCGCAUGACGAAGAGAGGUAUCAGAAGACCAUCGAGGUAUGCGCUCUCAAGAAGGACCUGGACAUGCUUUCUGAUGGUGAGCAAACGGAAAUUGGUGCCAAUGGUAUCAACCUCAGCGGGGGACAAAAGUGGAGGGUGACACUUGCGAGGGCUAUCUACUCAAGAGCAGGCAUCCUUGUUUUCGACGAUAUCUUCUCGGCUGUCGAUGCUCAUGUUGGACGCCAUAUCUUUGAGCAAUGCCUCACGGGAGAACUGGCAGCCGGCCGGACCAGAAUACUAGUUACGCACCACGUCGCGCUCUGUCAGGAUAAGACCAAGUAUCUCGUUGAGCUGGGUGACGGUAAGGUCUUGCAUGCUGGCCUCUUGUCAGAGCUCCAAAGUGAUGGUACGCUCGACCUUAUCAAGAGCCACGAACAGACCGAAGCGGAGAUCCGUGAGGACGAGAACGCCACAGCAGUCAACUCGCACGAGCCAUCUGACGAGGAGUCAGAAGGAGAAGACGAGGCUGAUGGGAACACUUUAAAGAAAAUCCUCUCCAAGCAAGACAACGACCCUCGCAAGUUCGUCGAGGACGAAAAGCUUGAGCAGGGCGCAAUCAAGACACACGUCUACAGUGUAUAUCUGAAGAAUUCGGGCGGUUUCUGGUUCUGGGGAACUUGUGUGUCUAUAUUCCUCCUGAACCAAACCCUCGCGUUAGGGCGCAGUUGGUGGCUACGCAUUUGGACAGGUAGUUACGAAGAGUCGGAGUCGGUCAACACAUUCCACGCGAACGCCUCCAACGACCACGGGUUUGCCUAUGCCGUCUCCCUGCAGCAGUCUGUCGAUGUGCACCCCCACGCCCAUAUCCCACCUUCAAUGCAGGCUGCUGGUGGACACCAUGAUCUCAACUUUUAUCUCGGCAUAUAUGUUGCGCUAGCGAUAUCAACCGCCUGUGUCGCCACUUUCAAGUUUUACUACACUUAUACAGGAUCGAUCAGGGCAUCACGCGAGCUCUUCGCCAAGCUCAACUUCGUUAUCCUUCGAGCGCCGCUCCGGUGGCUUGAUACCGUGCCAGUCGGCCGCAUCCUCAACCGCUUCACAGCCGACUUCCAUAUCAUCGACUCUCAGCUCGCCAAUUCCAUCUCCUUCGGCGGUAGCUCACUGCUUCAAUUAAUUGGGGUCAUUGUGGCCUCAGUUUUUGUGUCGCCCUACCUCGUCCUGUCUGCAUUUGUGCUCUUGCUCGCUUGCCUGCGCUUUGCGCUGCUGUACCUCGACGGGGCGAGGCCUGCCAAAAGGCUCGAGAGCAAUGCGAAAUCUCCCGUCUUCGAGCAGUUUGGUUCAGCCCUCACCGGUGUGGCUACCAUACGGGGCUUCGAUAAGGCCCAGAACUACGUCGAGAGGAUGUUUAAGAAGAUCGAUGACUAUGAUACCGCAACUUGGCACCUGUGGCUGUUCAAUAGGUGGAUGGGGUGGCGCAUGGCCCUUGUCGGCUCCAUGUUCGCAGUCAUCGUCUCACUCCUCAUAUUGUUGACGCCUGGAAUCGACGCUGCUCUAGCCGGGUUUGCGCUGGCCUUUGCGCUGGAGUUCUCCAACUGCGUUGUUUGGACCAUUCGAUUAUAUGCCAACCUGGAACUGAACAUGAACGCUGCAGAGAGGAUCGUCGAGUACACCGAACUUCCAACCGAGACUCUCGAAGGGUCCAGCCCACCCGCUGCGUGGCCGACCGGAGGCAGCAUUGAUGUUGACGAUCUUGUUGUUGGCUACGCGCCGGACCUGCCGCCUGUGCUCAAGGGUCUCAGUUUCAGCGUCAAGACUAACGAGCGGAUUGGCGUUGUCGGAAGAACGGGCGCAGGCAAGAGUUCUCUGACUCUGGCCCUUUUCCGGUUCUUGGAGGCGAGGUCAGGAACCAUUCAUAUUGAUGGCUUGGACAUUUCGAAGAUCAAGCUUCAUGAUCUGCGGUCGCGGCUCGCCAUCAUCCCUCAGGACCCUGUUCUUUUCUCAGGCACCGUUCGCUCCAACCUCGACCCCUUUCAGCAACACGACGAUGCUGAGCUCCGUGACUCUCUUGAGCGGGUGCACCUCAUCAGCGGCACUGGGGGGACUGUGACGCCCGUUCCGUCCUCGUCGACCGACACCGUCAACGGAAACUCUAACGUGUUCAAUGACCUCACAUCGCCCAUAUCCGAAGGUGGCCUGAACCUCUCGCAGGGCCAGCGUCAGCUGCUCUGUUUGGCACGCGCCAUCGUGGGAAAACCUAAAGUAUUGGUCCUUGAUGAGGCAACCAGCGCCGUCGAUAUGGCAACCGAUGCCCUAAUCCAGCGGUCAAUACGCGAGGAGUUUACGGACGCGACCCUUGUCGUCAUCGCGCACAGACUGUCUACAAUCGCCGACUUUGACAGGAUUCUCGUGCUUGGAGAUGGCCGCGUGGCCGAGUACGGCACACCCCGGGACCUUUGGGAGCGGGACGGCGGGAGAGGUGUAUUUCGCGGAAUGUGCGAGGAAAGUGGGGAGAAGGACCGAUUGAGACGGAUUGUCUUUGGGCAAUAGAAUUUUCUUUUUGGGUCGCCACCCCCCCCCCCCCGGGGGCUCGGCCCGGGGCGAUGGGUUGGUCCACUACAAAUGGACCCGAUUGCUUGGAGGUUUCCCUCCAACUCUUGCGUGAAAAGCUGCGUGGAUUUAUCGAGGCCCAAACACAUGGCUUCUCGUUCGGAGAAUAACGUUGCCUGAGAAGAAUGACCAGUCUGAUGAUAUAGACAACAAUUUCCAAACGACGGAGGCGUAAUCCUUCUUCAAACAUAGUUACUCUUCAUAAAACAAGGAGUGCUCAAGUUUGUUAUUUUAUGAGGGGAGAGGGGCACCUGUACA